CCAGGUGCCAAGCAGGGCACAAACAUGUUCCGGUAUUAUCUGUAUAUUGCUUGUGUUACUGUCUGGUAGCUGUGGGUGGUGAGGUGAUUUGCAUUCAUAUCAGUGUUUAUAUCAGCCACAGUGUACAAUACCUUUCUGUAGAGACGCUCACUUACUCCUCAUCCAGGGAACUCCGUGCAUGACCAGAGAUCCAGCACAAGAGAUGGUACUAAUGAAGGCGAGGACAGGGACAGGCUUGUAUUCACUUGCGUGCCUUCUCAUGAUCAGUAGUGUCUGUUCUACCUGUGUUCCCUUUAUGUGUCUAAGGUGCAACUUAACCCACUCACCUGGAAUAUCUGCCACGGGAUUACUAGACAAGGCCAUGUGUGACACCCUGUGCUCAGACACUCACCAAUGCUUCAAUGCUACUGUUCAACAGCAGUGCUCAAAAGAUUUUAAAGUGCUACUGAACACCAGUUCUGGGUUCAAAGUGGUGGAGGGUGCUGACCUCAUCAUUGAGUGUGCCCAUAACCUGCCGGUGGAACCAAAAAUCCCGCUGGUGUUUGUCUGGCUGAUGGAUGGCGUCUCCCUGACGGGCGAGAACAGUAGCCAGCUCACCGUGAAGAAGGUCGGCAUAGCUACCUCUGGCAAGAAUAAAUACGCCUGCACCAUCCAGAGUCCCUGUGGCAACUUCACCUCAGAUCCAAAGGAGAUUGAAUUUGAAGACACGACGCUGUUGGUCAUAGUGAUCUGUGGUGUGUCUGCUGUGGUGCUGAUCCUGGCCAUGGGUAUAGGCAUGAAGAUCAUGCUGAAGAAGGAAUUUGCAAAGACCAAGAACAGGAGGCAGCAGAAUGCUCAGAACCUACAGAGAACUACCACAACAGAGUAGUGUUUCAUUUUCUGCAAAUUCCACCAAAUGUCCUUCAUGCGAAAAUGGCAAAAAUCUGACAUGAUUACACUGUGAAUGGAGAAAUAUGUAGCUAACAAUUUAUAGUUGUAUUUGCUGCAAUUUAAUCAACAUAACACUGACGUUGAGAUAAUUUUAUGAUGGAAGAGCCACAGAUGCAUAUGUUAAUCCUCUGGCAGUGACACACAGCUAGUUUGGAGAUUUGUCCCAAUAAAUAAUAUGCCAAAUUCAUGAUAUUUAAUAAUAAACAUUUACAUGUG